AUGUCCGACACCGACAAGGCACAGUGGAACGCAAGCCUUGCUGAGUUUCCCACGUCCAAGGUGUUGAUGUGCUGGUUCCACGUUUGCCAGAAUGUGUUCAAGCAAGCUAGGGCCAAGGGUGUUGACCCCGACCAGACUUGGGAGUUUUUCGUGGACUUGUACGAUUUACUCUACUCCGAUGAACGCGACUAUGAGACGAACAAGCAAGCCAUUCUCGCAAAUGGGAUGCGAUGCCACGCGACUCAGCAGCGUUCGCUUUGGCUCGUCAUAUUAAGGCGAUCUUCCAUUGGGGCGUACGAAGACCGAGAUUCGUUUUACCGUUAA